UUCUGUCACUCAGGUGCUCCUAUAAAUUUUAGCUAUCGUGAAUUGCAGAUUUGCACCUUGAAUUUCUCACAAAUUCUUGAAACAGGAGGAUUCCGAAGUGUGUACAAAGGAAGCUUAUCUGAUGGGACUUUGAUUGCUGUAAAGAUACUUGACAAGGUUUUACCUCAUGGGGAGAAGGAAUUUAUAACUAAAGUGAACACCAUUGGCUUUAUGCAUCACAUGAACCUCGUUCGUCUCUGCGGAUACUGCUCUGAAGGAUUGCUAUGUAGCUGGGAGGCUCGGGAAAGAUUACUGGAUUGGUCAACUCGAUUUAGUAUAGCCACUGCAACUGCACAAGGAAUAGCUUACUUCCACAAGCGAUGCAGAAGCCGGAUAAUACACUGUGAUAUAAAACCAGAAAAUAUAUUAAUAGAUUACAAUUUCUGCCCCAAAGUAUCAGAUUUCGGACUUGCCAAGCUAAUAGGAAGAGAACACUUGCAUGUUGUUACAAUGGUAAGAGGAUCUAGAGGCUAUUUAGCUCCAGAAUGGGUUAGUAACUGGCCUAUAACCGUAAAAGCCGACGGAAUAUUCUGGAGAUCAUCGGCAGGAGAAGAAACCUCGGCAUGUCUUAUGAUGUGCAAGACUUCUUUUACCCAGGAUGGGCUUUCAAGGAGAUGACGAAGAAGAAGAGCUUACGAGAGCACUAAAAGUUGCAUUUUGGAGCAUUCAGGAUGAGGUGUCUAUGAGACCUUCAAUGGGAGUAGUGAAGAUUUUAGAAGGAUCAAUGGAUAUGAAUGCUCCACCAAUGCCUCGGACUGUCCUGGAAUUGGUUGAAGAAGGUUUAGAUAUUGUGUUUAAAGAAGCCAUGAAAAGAGAAUAUAUAAUCUCAUUUUAAUUAACAGUCAGACGAGUAUGUUAAAAGGAUUGCAAAUUUUGAGAAAGAUUUGUACAAUUUCGUCUUGUUUAUAACACGGUUAAGUGCAAAUUAAAUUACGAAUUUUAGCGCGAUUUAUAAUCACAAUACGAACUUUAAAACUUGAUUGAUAAAUUCAGUCACAAAUUUUCAUAUUUUGGUAAAUCAGAUUAUUGGGCUAUUCUGCGGUGAAAAAUACUAAGUGGACAUCAUAAUAUACACUGUUCCGAUAAUCGCAUCAACGUUUUUCAACAAAAAAUAGAUUGAUGUUCUGAUUUGCCAAAAACUGAAUGAUUUUACAGAAUUUUAAAAUUCGUAUGAUUCAUUUACGAUUGAUCCUUUAUAAUAUAAAACUAUGAGUGUUCAAGAAUCAAAAGCAUAGCAACAAGAAAGACUUGUUUUAUAUAAUCAGAAAUUGCAGCGAUAUUUCCUUGCUUUCUUUUAUUCAUCAGUACCACAAAAAAUUACUAAUCGUCAGGUAUUUUCAUUUCUUCAAUAAACUAAACAGCAUAGUUCUUAAAAUUCAUCUCGGAAGCUAUGGAAGGCGACGAUAGAAACGUUUUCCGUCUCCUGAAAAAGAAGAAAGACGACGAACAAGAGAAUCAGAACCGCUACCAUGAAACCAAAGCUCAUAAUCUAACCGUUGCGUAUAUAAUCUGUCAGGCUCUGAUUUUCAGUUCUGUUGCACAUCAGUCAUCUCAGCAAUGUCAGAACUGGUGGAUUCCUUUCAGUAUCUCCGCUCUUUGUUCGCUAAUCUAUUUCAUGCCGUUUUUGGAUGCGGUUAGUAAUCUUUAUCGUCGUACUCAGCCCGAACCGGACUUGAAUUAUGUGGAGCGGCAUGAGAUGGUGGUGAAACCUGAUGGAUUUCAGCUGAUAAAGAUUAAAAUUUAUAUUGCUGUUACAGUGUCAGCUCUGAUUGGUUUUGCUGUUGUCGUUUUGAUUGCUUGCCGAUUGAUUUUAUGCUCCUGAAAUGGCGAUUCGAGGAGUUGGAGCUUGGUUACUGUUUUCAGAGAGCUGCAUCUGAUUAACCAGAAUAUAUAUAUGCUCACGGUUUUCUAGUUCAGUUGUAUUAUGUUUACCUGAUUGAUGGUGCGGGUACCGGCUCGGGCGCCCGGCUUGAUCGGAUUUUAAUUUUUUAAUUUUUAUUAGCUACAAUUAGAAUCUAAAUCCAUGUAAAUUUUCUAUUUAUGUGCAAGUUUAUAUCAGAAUCUAAAUCCAUGUUAAUUUUAUUUUUA